AUGGGUUGCUGCCCAUCCGCAAAGCCAAAAGAAUUGGCUAUAAACAACUCAGCUCCUCCUACAGCUCGAAGUGCGCUUGAUAUAAAGAUCCAUCCAGGAGCUUUCGUUAAGCCUCAUGGGAUUCCUUUCAAACAACUUUAUAUGCUAGGAAAUUUAAUUGGAAAAGGAAGUUUUGGAGAGGUAAGACGCUGCACUCACCGACUCUCAGGCUUGCUAAGAGCGGCAAAAAUAUACAGAAAACUAGGCAGUGAGUCUGAAGAAAACCAAGAAGGCAGUAUGGCUCAGGAAACAGAAAUUCUUAAAUUACUAGACCAUCCCAAUAUUAUCAGAAUAUACGAUUUCUUUGAAGACGAUGAAAACUACUAUUUAGUCAUGGAAUAUUGUGAAGGAGGAGAACUUUUCAAGAAAAUUUCUAAAUUAUCAAGGUUCAGCGAAACGCAAGCUGCAGAAAUCAUGAGGCAGCUUUUUUCAGUUGUCUCAUUUUGUCAUGGUUUAGGCAUCGUACAUAGAGACUUAAAGCCUGAAAAUAUAAUGAUUGAAGAAAGAGGAAAAAGCUUCCAACUGAAAAUAGGAGACUUUGGGACAGCUGUAAAACUAAAAGAGAAUGAAUUAAUGGAAGGGAUGGUUGGGACAAUUUUUUAUAUGGCUCCUGAAGUUUUUACUGGAAAAUAUAGCGAAAAAUGUGAUAUAUGGAGCUGCGGUGUAAUUAUGUAUAUAUUGCUGACUGGAAGACCACCAUUUCCAGGAAAAACAGACGAUAAAAUAAUAGAAAGAAUUAAAAUAGGAGAAUAUAACACAGACUUACCAAUUUUCCAAGAAACUUCUCCUGAAGCGCUUGAUCUGAUUAAAAAAAUGCUUGUUCCUCAAGCAGAACGAAUUUCUGCAAGCGAAGCUUUAAGUCACCCUUGAAUAACUUCUCAUAUUAGCUAUGAAACUGUUGAUAUAGGGACUUUGGAUCAUAUAUUGGAAAAUUUAAAGCAGUUUUCUAACACACUCAAGCUAAGAGACACAAUCAUGUCUUUUAUUGCUGCACAAAUAAUCAAUAAUAAAGAUUUCAAAGAAAUCAGACAAAUUUUUUCUGUUAUUGACAAGGACGGAGAUGGGAAAAUAGGGCGCGAAGACCUAAUUGAUCAUCUGCAAAGGCCUCCUUCUGCGGUAGGGUUUUUCCUCUUCUAAGAAGGUUUUUCCCUCUUAUAGAAGGGCUUUUUCUGUCGUAAGACCUGGCCACGGGUGUCGUGUGGAGGGCCAAGACAAAGCGACUGGCGCAAAAUUAGCUUAUGCUGAGAAAGAACAAGUGGCAAGCAAGUCCCAAACCUAUGCACUCUAACGGCACGGGCCGUCUGCGUGCCACUGGUAACAACUGAGAGGAGAACCCUGAAACCUGGAGGAUGGGAAUCGUGCAGUAAGUCUGGCAGUCGCUGAGCCUUCUCAAGACGGCCUCGGGCAAGCUCAAUUAAUUCAGAUGGUAUACCGGCCAUAGCUUGAUCAGUAAUUAAGUAAUGAUAACGAUCAUCUGCAAAGGCGAAUGUCAUAUGAUAAGGCUGCAUGUCAAGUAGAAAAAAUCAUAAAGCAAGUUGACGCUGAUAUGGAUGGAUACAUACAAUAUACAGAAUACCUCAAAGCGUCCAUUGAUAAAAAUAUUUUGCUGUCCAGAACAAAUUUGUAUCUAGCCUUUUCAAUUUUUGAUAUAGAUAAAAAUGGAAUGCUUUCUGUAGAUGAAUUGAUGAAUUGGCUUGCGAGUAGUGACAAUCUGGAUAUUGAAAUUUGGAAAGAAUUAUUAAAAGAAGCAGAUAAAAACGGAGAUGGCCAAAUUGAUCUUAGCGAGUUCACUGAGUUUCUUCUUGAUAAGUUUUAA